AAAUAUCUUUCUCUGGAACGCUGGAGUUGGUGUUUGUGACUGCUGACAGUGAAUUUUCCGUGGAGUUGAAGAAUGUGCUGUACUCUCCCAACUUGGGGUAUAUUCUCUUUUCUCCAAGUGCAGAGUUUGAUGGCGAACCAUGGAAUGGUCUUGGUGGUCCUGACGGUGUGAUGACUGCUUUUAAAGGACAAGUAACCUUCCAAAACUUCGAUGGCAUGCUGAUUGCGUCUGCAUAUCGUCUAGGAGAAGCUUCUGUUGGCACUGUGCUUGCAGCCCUCACUCCAUCAAACCCCAAGCAUAAAACCACGAUGGAUGUGAACGAGUUCCACAACAUUUACGCUCAUUCGCACAAGGGCUUGCUUCGUACUACUGCAAAACGUCUAGGCACAGAGUUGGUCGGUGAGAUGCAUGAGUGUACGGGGUGUUCGAUGGCUAAGGCUGUGAAGAAAGGAAUCGCUCGAGAAACUAAAAGUAGAUCCGACAAAAAGUUGGGCAGAGUUUUUGUUGACCUGGGAGGGAGGAAGGACGUUGCGUCCGUAGGGGGGAAGCAUUACCCCAUGAUAGUGAAAGAUGAUUUCACGAGGCGUGCAUGGAUGUAUUUCCUGAAACACAAAUCAGACGCCGGGAUGGCUUUUCGGAGUUUUCUUGCAAGUGUACGUGCUGAUGGUGUCCCAUCGCUGGUUGAGAUUGUUAGAUCUGACAAUGGAGGGGAGUUUUUCGGAGGGGAAUUUGCAUCUGUGUGCAACGAGCUUUUGAUCAAACAAGAGUUCACACCGGCUUACAGUCCGCAAUAUAAUGGUGUUGCAGAACGUGGAUUGGGAUUAAUAGAAGAGGCCGCGAUGGCGGCUCGUAUUCAGGCUAAAGUUCUUUUUGGGCAUGUGCAGUUACCUAAAACUGAUAAACUCUGGGCUGAGGCAAUGCACUGGGCUUGCGAAGCAAUGAAUCACACUGCGUGCUCUGCCAACCCCGACUCUAAAUCACCGUAUGAAAUGUGGUAUGGAGAACCUCGUCCCGCAAGACCAUAUCCGUUUUUGAAACCUGCGUAUUGCAGGUGGCAGCGACCUUCAAAGCUGUUGCCGAAGGGUGAGAGUUGUUUUUAUGUCGGUCCUUCGAGAGACCACCCGCGUGAUUGCCAUAGAGUACUUACAAGGGCUGGGACUAUUCAAGAAACGAGGGAUGUGACAUGGGAGGUAUUGCCGUCGCAGCUCCCUCCACUGCAACCGUCUUUGCCGAUAGAGGUAGCAGAGGAGGGAGGGGAGGAUAGUGACGACGAUGUAGAAGACGAGGUAUGGCCGCUUGUUGGAAGAGGAGUUGCCCACACACUUUUGAAACGUGAAGCCGUGCCCCCUGGUACUGAAGUUGUCGAGGUUGAGAGUGUUGAAGCAGGCAGUGCAGACCCGUCCCCUUCUGUCCCAAGUUCCCCCUCCGAACCGUCCUCACCCGCAAAUCCCUCUGUGUCUUCGCCUGUGCCUGAGAUAGAUGUGAAUUCAGGGGAAAUAGAGACGGGGGAUCCGGGAGGGGAUGAUGAGGUAGAGUCGAUGGGGCAGGGAGGGCAGGACGAGGAAGAGUUGAAUGGGUCGGGAAGACCAGUAGAAACGGAGGCGUCCCCUCCGACCGGUCGUCGUCCGAGACACGUAGCUGAACUUGCCGAUUUCAACACAGCUGCGCGUGAAAAUGAUGAAGUACGAGAAGGCAGGACUCGCGCGCAAACUCGUGCAGUUAAUCAGCAGAGUGUUCCUGGCCUCAUGGCCACCAUAGGACCCAUCUCCGGCACAGAGGUAUUGUAUGCACUUUUGUCGGAGCAGAGAGCAGGUGAUGAGACGGAAUUGCCAAAAGAACUGGUACAGGAUGUUGAGUCAGAGCCUGGUAGCUAUGAGGAAGCCCAGCGUUCGAAAUAUGCUAAGAUUUGGGAGGGAGCCAGGUCCGCUGAAGUAGAAGGCUUGAUGAGAGCAGGAACGUUCACAUUGGCAGUAAAAGUCCCGAUAGGCUGUAAUGUGAUCGAUGCUAGAUGGGUCUUCAAAUGGAAAGCGGACGAAACAGGAAAGAUAGUGAAGGCCAAGGCUAGGCUUGUAGCGAAGGGCUUCAAGCAGAAGUACGGUGUGGACUAUCUUGAGACUUUCUCGCCUACUGCAAAUGCUGCAUCUUUUAGAUUGGUAGUAGCGUUGGCGUGCAAGUACAACUUGGAAUUACUCCACUGGGAUAUUGAGCAGGCGUUUGUUCAGUCGGAAUUGGAUCAUGAGGUGUUCAUGAAGAUGCCUCCUGGCUGUGGUUCAAUGUCGGAAAAAGUUGUCCGUUUGAACAAGAGUUUGUACGGAUUGAAGCAGGCUUCUAGAACAUUCUACAAGAGGCUAGUGUCGGAGCUGAAGAGGAUUGGUUUCGAGCAGUCUAUGUCUGACCCCUGUGUCCUGCGUUUCAUGAUGGGAGACGAGGUGGUGGGGAUGGUCGCGAUUCAUGUGGAUGACAUUCUGUAUGCAGGAACGAAGAGUCUGGCUGAGGUUGUAGUGGCAGCGCUUGGUGACUCUCUUCCGACGAAGAACUUGGGCGAGGUCAAGUUCUUUCUUGGUUGCGAAUACAUUCGCGACCGCAAGGCUGGUACGAUCGAGAUUUCUCAGGAGAGCUACAUCAGGAGUGUCCUUGAGAGGUUCAACAUUGUUCGCACUAGUUCAAUCCCUGCUUCCCUUAACAACGAUGACAGGUCCUUGAUGGAGGAGGAGGGGGCAGGAGAUGUGCCGUUCCGUGAGGUGGUUGGAAGCCUGAUGUGGAUCGCCAGCCAGACGCGAGCCGACAUCUCUAACGCUGUGCGGGCUGUGGCGAGGCACUCUCACGAGCCAAAGAAGAGCCACUGGAAGGCGGCCCAGAAGAUCCUCAAUUAUCUUCUGGAAACGGCACAUCUGACUUUGAAGUUCAAGCGUGAUAGUUCGGUAGACGUAGGCACGUUGGUGUACGUAGAUGCGGACUUCGCGAGUAAGGCUACAGACCGUAGGUCAGUUUCAGGAGCAAUGGUUUUUGUGGCUGCUAUGCUUGUAGUUUGGAUUUCUAGGACGCAGAAAUGCGUUUCGCAGUCGACUUCUGAGGCAGAGUACCUUGCGAUGGGUGAUGGUGUGAAGGAGGCUCUGUUUGUAAAUGGAAUGCUUCAGUUCCUGCGGCCGAGUGUGAAGCCGCGUAAGAUAGACGUCCUUGAGGACAACGAAGGAGCGAUUGCGCUCGCAGAAAACCCGCUGAGCUCGAGUAGGAGUAAGCACAUCGACGUGAGGCAUCACUUCCUUAGGAAUUUGACGGAGGAAGGUGUGAUCGAGGUCACGCAUGUCCCAAGUAAGGAGCAGCAUGCGGACAUCCUCACGAAGGCUCUACCGAGAGACCUUUUUGAAGUUCACCGUGACUUUGCAUUGGGAUCUAGGAAGUAGGAGUCUGAAUUGUUUUGUUGUUUUGCUUUGAUACUUGAUGUACUUGGUCUGGUUGAUACAACAGCCCCUAGGGAGGGUGUUCGUGGUAGAGGCAGUAUGUAUCGACUGAGUUGCGUAGAAUAUCUGAUUGGACGAUUUGAAUACGCGGAACAAUGUCGAUCCUCUGUAGAUUGUUGAGCUACCGACAUAAGGAACGUUCGUGGUCCUUGUGGUUGGAAUAAUCUUGUGGACGCUGCGCUAGUCUGAGCAUGGUAUCUUAGUUCAGGUAAUCAUCCCGAGAGUUUGUGGAGUGUAGGAAGUCGCAAUGGUCCGAGGACUGGUACUGAGAUACUGUAGAACGUUGCUGGUGCUCCGGAACGGUUCCGGAACGUGUCCGUUGGUUCGUUGGUUUCCAGGAGUUCGCAGGGUAUCGAGGACACGGCUUGCACACCGUGCUCACUCCACUUUCUGACCAGUCUCUCCUGACAAGGGUCU